AUGUGUCGGAGAAGAAGACUAGCACGUCUUAUUGUUCAUCGUCGCUAUAGUAGCGGCGCUGCGCGAGACUCGGUGCUCCAGUCGUCGCUGGGAUGGCGUUGUGUGAGCUGCUCUGCACGCUACGACGUGGAUGUGGUGUUUCUUCCCUCCAAUAUGCCUGGCAGAGAGACGCUUUCUAAUGUGAAUGCAACAAGGAUAAACGAACCAGUUUGUCUAUCCUUUCACUUAAUGCCUUCUUGUGAAUGCAAAGUUUCAGUCCCGUCAAAAAAAGACGAUCAUAAUAUUGAAACGUAUAAAAAAGAUUUGGCUGAAACAGGUAAUUGCGGAAGGAAUGAUAUUGAAUUCAUCGAUUUUUUGUCUCGCGAGAACACUACUAAAAAGUAUGGCGCAUCUACUCAAGUUGAAGAAUCCAACUCAGAUGAAGAACUAGAUGACCUUGAACUCAGAUUUUGGAAUCCAAAGCUUCCGAGAAGAAGGGUAAUUGGGGUUGAAACAGAUCCGUACGUUCAAGUUCAACCUCUGAAUCCAAUAACAGUUGAGGAUGAAAUAUUACAGCAAGAGGAUCCAAUUGUAAUGGGGAAUGAAAUAAUUCCAUACGUUCAAGUUCAACCUCCGAAUCCAAUAAUAGUGGAGGAUGAAAUAUUAGAACAGGAGGAUCCAAUAGUAAUGUGGAAUGAAAUAAUUCAAUACGAUCAAAUUCAACCUCCGAAUCCGGUAAUAACGGAGGCUGAAAUAAUUCAACAGGUUCAGGUUGAAGAUGAGGAUCCUGAUCAUUGGAGAAUCAAGAAAGUGUUGAAAAAAAGUGAUGUUGAUGGUUCCUCGAGACUCUUGAUCGGAAGAAACCCAGUGUUGACACAUAUUGCACCUUUCUUUACAAACGAUCCAUAUGAAUUUUGCCAGAAUAAUGAGGGACUAAGGGUCAGAGUUUUUGAUGUCAAUACGCGUACAGAGCACAUCCUGACGCUUAAAAAAUGGAAGUCUAACAGUUUUGUACUGUUGGAUAAAUGGAAGAAACACUUUGUGAACAGGAGGAAACUCGAGGAGAACGAUGAGGUGGGGCUUAGAUGGGAUGUUAACUCUUCAAGAUUGGAAUUUACUGUACUUAGAAGGCACCACCAUGAGGAAUGA